AUGCAGGCACCAGAGUUCAAGCAGUCCGAGGAGGGUCUCGCCCAGAAGGGCUUCGACCGCGUCUGGCGUGGUAACAAGGCCGGUACCAUCAAGGCCACCACGUACCCCGACUUUUACUACAAGACGGACGAGGAGAGCCUGCUCCAGAAGCGCGAGUGGGUCAAGGAGCACCUGGCCUUGUGCUUCCGCCUCUGGGGUCGGGCUGGAUACAACGUCGGCGUGGCUGGGCACAUUACCGUCCGCGACCCCAUCCUCCGCGACCACUACUGGAUGAACCCCUUCGGACUCCACUUCAGCUUGAUCACCAAGAGCUCGCUCUGCCUCGUCACCCCCGACGGCUACGUGCACCCCGAGAUCGGUGCCCAGCUGCCCAUCAACAUGGCCGGCUUCCACAUCCACAGCGCGAUCCACCGUGGUCGCCCUGAAGUCGAGGCUGCAGGCCACUGCCACAGCUCGAACGGUAAGGCGUGGUCCGUCUUCGGCCGCCCCAUCGACAUCACGACGCAAGACAGCUGUCUCUUCUACGACAACUUGAGCGUAUACAAGUCGUUUGGUGGCAUUGUACUCGCCGACGAGGAGGGUAACAACAUUGCACGCGCGAUCGGGCCCAAGAACAUGACGAUUAUCCUCCAGAACCACGGACUGCUCACCCUCGGCGAGACGGUCGAUGAGAUGUGCUCGUACUUUAUGGCUCUUGACAGCGCGUGCGGUAUCCAGCUCCAGAUUGAGGCUGCGUCCGCUUCGGGCAUCCAGAAACAGAUCAUCGACGACAACAGCGCCAAGUUUACCGCCUCCGCCAUCCAGAACGGCGAGGCCAUGUACUUUGCCCUCCAGAGCGAGAUUGGGCUCAUGCGUGCUCUUCACCCCGACGCGCUCGAGUAG